GUGUGCUCUGGGAGGCAGCUCGCUCAGUUACCGUUUAGGCUGGAGAGGAGCUGGGUGGCAGCUACAACUCUCUGUUGUCAACUCUUUCACAUCACCCAGAGCACUGAUUUCCCCUCGGACAUUCGGAGCAGUUUCUAUCUGGACUGCAGUUCCUCUCCAGCUUGGUCCCAUAAAGUCUUAACCUGGAAACACCUUCAAGUUAAAAGGCUUCACUGGUAUCCAGAAGACUGUCCAGCCGUUCAAGCUGGACGAAGGAGAGACGAGGAGGGCCGAGGGCCCGGCCUUUGUGCUGCGACACAGAACCUCUAACCUCCUAGAAAACGCCACAAACUCCUCACUUGCAAGUCCCAUGAGUCCACGGGAGAAAGAAGACACACCCACCACCUCAGGCUCUUCAACAAGUCACCUCAGCACCGCAGAGUGCCCCUCACACUAUGGGUCUGUCCCAGAGCACCAUGAAGAGAAAAGGAUAAAUGAAGAGGAUGACAGAGGAAGAGAAGAAGAGGAGAAGGAUCAGAGCGAGGAUGAGAGAAGCAACGACGAAGGCUUCAUGGGAAUGACUCCGUUGCUGCAAGCCCACCACGCCAUGGGAAGGAUGGAAGAGUUUGUACACAAGGUGUGGGAGGGUCGGUGGCGUGUUAUCCCUCACGAUGUGCUCCCUGAUUGGCUGAAAGACAAUGACUUCCUGCUUCAUGGCCACAGACCACCAAUGCCUUCAUUUCGCGCCUGCUUUAAGAGCAUCUUUAGAAUCCACACGGAGACGGGGAACAUUUGGACACAUCUGCUAGGCUGUUUGUUCUUCCUCUGCCUCGGUCUCAUGUACAUGUUCAGACCAAACAUGUCUUUUGUGGCUCCUGUCCAAGAGAAAGUAGUAAUUGGGAUGUUUUUUCUUGGAGCCAUCCUCUGCCUCUCCUUCUCCUGGCUCUUCCACACAGUCUACUGUCACUCGGAGGGCGUGUCCAAAAUCUUUUCCAAAUUGGACUACAGUGGGAUUGCCUUCCUGAUCAUGGGCUCCUUCGUCCCUUGGCUGUACUACUCUUUCUACUGCUCCCCUCAGCCCUGCUUCAUCUACCUGAUAGUUGUGUGUGUACUGGGUCUGGCUGCUAUCAUAGUUUCACAGUGUGACUUUUUUGCCACUCCACAGUACAGAGGAGUCAGAGCAGGAGUGUUUGUGGGUUUGGGUCUGAGCGGCGUGGUUCCCACCCUUCACUUUGUUAUCAGCGAGGGUCUGAUCAAAGCCACCACCAUGGGUCAGAUGGGCUGGCUGCUGCUCAUGGCGACGCUCUACAUCACCGGCGCCUGUUUGUAUGCUGCUCGCAUCCCAGAGAGGUUCUUCCCUGGCAAGUGUGACAUCUGGUUCCACUCCCACCAGCUGUUCCACAUCCUGGUGGUCGCCGGGGCUUUUGUCCAUUUUCACGGCGUCUCUAACUUGCAGGAGUUUCGUUACACAGCAGGAGGCGGAUGCACUGAGGAUGGGACUCUUUAACACAGACACAAACCCACUCUGACUCAUUCAUUCACGUCGUAUGAGACGACACUGGCUCAAAUAAUAUGCACAGAACCCCACUCACUCUUCAGACAGAACCGUGGACAGAUCUCACCGCUGUAGCCGAAGACCACAGUGGCUUGCCCUACUGUGGGUAGAAUUACCUCCAGGGGGCGCUAUUAAUCUGAUAGACAAAAGGGCCUGCUCUCAUUUUGUCUCAGUUUAUCCACACAAAACACUUCUGGCUGUGUUUCUAUGGUUCAGACACUUCUUCUAAAGCAGCCUGUUCUAUUAGGCUGGUUCAGAGACUCUUUUCUUUGGUUUGGGAGGUGACAGGAGGUUCAAAACCUCUUUGUGUUUGCAUUGGUUAUGUAAUUCUUGGAUUAAUGAACCAGUUUCACAAACAUUUUGGGUGGUGUUUUUUUUAAUCUAUUGGUGAAUGCUGUUUUCUGAGUCACUUUCUGAUGAGAAAAAAAUGAAAACAAUUGAGUGGAAAACGCCUUCAGAGUUCUUCCUUUGUUGUUAAGCCUUGUACGUGAAGAUGGAUGGGACAAGAAGUUCAUAGUCUCUUUAAUUAAAAAAAAUGUAAAUAAGAUUUGUAAACAUUGGGUUAUAGAUUUGUAUGAAAUUUAUUUAGAAAAUAUAAAAAACAUGCUAUAAAAUAUGUUUUAAUUAAAAUGGAGGAGCGGAGCGGUGUUCAGGCAGCGAUGGUGGGAUUUCUUUCUUGCAGCUUUAGUUUGUAAGUGGUGGAGAUUUGCAGGAAAAUGGGCAAAAUAUCAACUGUUAAUAUUUUGUGGUGGUUGUUUAGGGGUCACAUCUCAUAGACAAGAAGGCAGCUGAACUUCUGUCUGAGCCUUGAGUACUGAUCCAAAAUCUUCAAUCAGAAUUACAAGCAGAACAACAAAAAAUAUCUUUAUAUGUAGCGGCUUUAAUUCGUCCUUAUACUGUUGACUUGUCUAUAUAAAACUAAAUCUUAUUUCUGUUUCACUCAUAUAAAUUUAUUUUUUCUAUAUUGCCCUCUAAAUGAUUUAUUAAAAAAAGCCUAGCCAAUGUAUUUUUAUAAGUAAUUCCUUGAUCAUAUCUAUUUUUUUUUUUUUUUAUUGUGGUCAGACUGCAGUCUUCUUAAAUACAGAUGCAGUUUAUUUUAAUCCUCAUCCUGUCCUGCUUUUGGCAAAAAUAAUGAGGAUAAUUUUCUCUUGAAAAUGUUUUUUCAUUUUGAUUUUGUUUGCGUUUUAUUUAUCCACUGCUAUUAUGGCUAUAAUGCAGGCUUUAUUUAACUUUAUUUCUUUUCUUUAUUAAAUCCUAUUAAACACAUGGCGAUUAAAGGUAGUCACUUAAAAACAAUUAUGUUCAAUUGGACAUUAUCCUUUAAAAGGUUCCUUCUUUAAGGGCUCGUGGUUAGUCUUGGACGCUAAAACUAAACUUGGUGAUUGAUAAAAGGUGAACUUUUUGAAUUCAAGUUUUCAGGUAAUACCAAAUUCUUACAUCUGCAUUAUUUGCAUCUAUUCUGUUUUUUUUCCUGAACUGUUUCAAUGAUUGUUUGAGAUUUAGGUUUGCAAGAUCUUAAUCAGCAAGUAGAAUGAUAUACUUUAUUUUCUUUGCAUUUAAAAUUUUCCUGAAAGAAGAGAGAUGUCUUGCUUUGUUUCAUUGUUUCCCGCUCUUGUUUUCUGUUUGUUUUGUCUAUCUUAUAUUAAUUUAUUUCUCUUGCAGAGAGCAUAUUGUCUGUUGAAGCACAUAUUCCAUUCUGGUGGGAAUGCUUCAUUUGCAAUAGACCUUUAUAUCUGCUGCAUUGUUCUAAUAAAAAGGGUUUUUGGA